UCCUGUACAGUAGGUGGCGGUAUGUACCUUCAAGCUGUUUGCGAUCCGCCAUUAAGAAGAAGAAGAAGCAGCAGCAGCAGACGAAGAAGAAGGCGGCUCGCAGACUGAACGGGACAGCAAUGCAGCGAGACAAAACUAGCAACACCGGCGGGGCUGAAAAGCCCGACCGGGAGGCCGCCAUAAUGUCGAAAUACUACGAUGGAGUUGAAUUUCCUUUCUGUGACGAGUUCUCCAAAUAUGAAAAAAUGGCAAAAAUAGGACAAGGGACCUUUGGGGAGGUGUUCAAAGCAAAACACAGACAGACCGGGAAGAAGGUCGCGCUGAAAAAAGUUUUGAUGGAAAAUGAGAAAGAAGGGUUCCCAAUCACAGCUCUGAGAGAGAUCAAGAUCCUGCAGCUGCUCAAACAUGAGAAUGUGGUCAAUCUGAUUGAGAUCUGCAGAACCAAAGCUACUCAGUUCAACAGAUACAAAGGCAGCAUCUACCUGGUGUUUGACUUCUGUGAGCACGACCUGGCCGGCCUGCUGAGCAAUGCCAAUGUAAAGUUCACCCUGGCAGAGAUCAAGAAGGUUAUGCAGAUGCUGCUCAACGGAUUGUACUACAUCCACAGAAACAAGAUCCUUCACAGAGACAUGAAAGCAGCCAACGUGCUCAUUACCAGAGACGGUGUCCUGAAGCUGGCUGACUUUGGUUUGGCUCGAGCCUUCAGCCUGGCUAAAAACAGCCAGGGGAACCGCUACACCAACCGCGUGGUCACACUCUGGUACAGACCUCCAGAGCUGCUGCUGGGUGAGCGAGACUACGGCCCCCCCAUUGACCUAUGGGGAGGAGGCUGCAUCAUGGCAGAGAUGUGGACCAGAAGUCCCAUAAUGCAAGGCAACACUGAGCAGCACCAGCUCACUCUCAUCAGCCAGCUUUGUGGCUCCAUCACUGCUGAGGUGUGGCCGAGCGUGGAUAAGAAGUAUGAGCUUUACCAGAAAAUGGAGCUGCCUAAAGGCCAAAAGAGGAAAGUGAAGGAUCGGCUCAAAGCCUAUGUCAAAGACCCGUAUGCCCUGGAUCUGAUAGAUAAACUCCUGGUCUUGGACCCGGCACAGCGCAUUGACAGCGACGACGCGCUCAACCACGACUUCUUCUGGUCCGACCCCAUGCCUUCAGACCUGAAGAACAUGCUCUCCACCCACAACACCUCCAUGUUUGAAUAUCUGGCCCCGCCCAGACGGAGAGGCCACAUGCCACAGCAGCAGCCCAAUCAGAACAGAAACCCAGCCACCACCAGUCAGACGGAGUUUGAUCGAGUGUUUUAGUGGUUAAAGAAGUUAAUGGACAAGUAGCUUACUUGGUUGGGCUUGUUGUUUAGUAACAAGUGACUUUAUUUCCCAGCCGGCCUAAUGUUGAAGAAGGCUACACAUUCCUUUUUUUUUUUUUUUGUUGUUGUUGUUGUAUGAGGUUUCGCAGACAUUACCUGGAGAUCUCUGCAGUUUUUUAUAUGAUCAUUGUUCUGUGUGAGUUUACAGCAGAGGAUGCAGCUUAUUUGGUUUGACCAGGGACAGGACUGUAAUGUUCAAAGUUAUGCAGAGCCCUUUGCAAGCCACGUUUUUAUGUUCUGGCUUUUUUCCAGCUGAUAAUGAAGAGACAGCUGUUCAACUCUAUAGACAUGGCUUGGGUAUGUUCACGUGGUCACUUAAACAAAACCAAGUUUUUGAGUGAGUCUGGCAUAUUCACCCUUUUUAAAAAGAUAAUUGUUUUAAAAGUAGCUGUCUCUUUAAGGCUGUGCAGUAUUUUGAGGUUAUUUAUAAUAAGAAAGUGAGAAUCUUUUAUUUAAACCAUUUUACAAGGACACCACCCACAUUUCUGAACACAUGUCCAAAAGUGACAUACCCAAAAUAAAAUGGUUACUUUCCCUGAAUUGA